AUGCUGGGCGCAAUCGUUGCGCUCGGCCUCGCCGCCGCUCAUGCAUCGCAAGCGCAACUCAUCCGCGACACUAUUACAGAGUGGUUCUGGCUUUCUUCGAUUGCCGACACUAACUACUUGUAUAUCACGGGAGGCGAGUUUUAUGAGCCGGCCGACGACGUGGUGACGAUGUACUACCAGGGCAAUACACUUGUGGUCGACCUCACCCAGUCCUGGACGAACCAGACAAUCAGUGCUGCUAGUUCAACAGCAGACCCGGAUGGAAUGAUCUACGUCCGACAACCGAUGCUUUUCUAUGACCACACGCGGAACAAGAUCAGUCGGUAUGGUGGAUGGCCGUAUGAGGAAGCAGACUUCCCAUCUUUGCUGUGGUCCUUCACUGCAGGAACGUCCGAUGUUACCUGGAAGAAUGAGACGGCACCUUCCACCGACGGCCUUGCGACGUCUUCACCAGGCCCGUUCGCUUCGGCAAAUACCUUUACCAACUCUACUUAUUACAACUUCGGUGGCGAUGUGGUCAGCUCGCUCCCCGACAUGACCGUUCUGUCUGGUCUUGUCACGCGCGACUUCGUGGCCCAGUCGUGGACCAAUUCCACGGCCAUUCUCCCAAACCAGAGCAGAUAUCGGACGCAGGCUCGCAUGGUACACACGGCGGACUUUGGGGGCCAAGGGUUUCUGGUGAUUGUUGGCGGAGAGGCUCCUCCAACGGCAGCUUCCGUCUACGAGGGUGGGGAUUACAUGGUUGACAUGUCAACCAUCACUCUGUAUAAUAUUGAAACGGGAAGUUGGUACACACAAACGGCAACAGGUGACAUUCCACCUCCAAGGUCCGAGUUCUGCGCGGUUGGGGCAUCAGCCCGGGGUGGGAAUCGGUUUGAAAUGUUCGUUUACGGUGGCUCAACAAACUCCACAUUUGAUCUGGAUCAUUCUUCCGACGAGGGCUAUCUCAAUGUCUACGCGCUCUCCCUCCCGGCUUUUCGAUGGUUCAAGUCAAAUUCUACCACGCCUGUCCGUCGAGCUUGCCAUGCCUGCUCUGUCAUCGGCAACAGACAGAUGGUGUCGAUCGGGGGCCGGUUGCCGAGCUCCUUACAAGCACUGGGCUCAGAACAAGAUCCCUGGGCGAGCGGUCUGGGGGUCUUUGACAUGACUGACUUUGAAUGGGUGGAUCACUACGACGCAGCUGCAGCUGCCUACGAAUCACCCGAUGUGGUCAAGCAGUAUUACUCUGACAGUUACCAGGAGCCGAGUUGGAGUGAUCCGACAUUGGCCACCGUCUUCGCGUUCACGCCACCUGCAAACUCUUCUUCGUCCAAUAAUUCUAACCCCUCAGGCACUUCUGGAAGUCAGUCGUCCCCUUCACCCUCAUCUUCAUCAUUCACAACAACCAAGAAAAGCAAUGUCGGCGCCAUAGUUGGCGGUGUUGUCGGAGGCAUCGCACUCCUUGCGGUAAUCCUCGGGCUGUGGUACUGGUUCGCAGUGCGACGAAGACGGCAUCCCCCGGCUGAGCUCGCUGCCGAGACUGUGGACCAUAAACCACCGCUCGAGGCUGCAUCGGCACCAAUGUUUGAAGUGGACGACACCUCCCGGACCGAGGUAGAGGGACUGUCGCCAAAGCCAGUGAUCCUCGCCGAGUUGCCUGUAAACGAGGAACCACAGAGAAAGGCCGGUCCUGGUGUGCCGAGAAGAUGA